AUGCAGUCAUUUUUCCUAACCGACGAAGAGCUGGGCAAGAAGGAUGACGACCACCAGGCCUCCAAGCAUAUCCUGCGGCCGAAAGGCUGGGCCCCUGCGCGUGUUCCUCCACGCAAGUCCGUGAAGCGAUUGUUCAUUGCUUUGAUCAUUGGUCUUGCUGUGUAUCUGUUCAUAAAGAACAUACCGACUGACCUGGGUGUGAGGGAUCAUCGACGCCCGUCCUACUACCACCCUAGCGAUCAUAGCGACCUGAAGACCGACUUCCCUGCAAAGCCGGCCCCGCCACCGCGUGGGAGAACCCCAAAGACACCCACGGCCGCGUCCUCGAAAGAUCAUAGUUACAAUGGGCCUCUACGAUUCCUGAACCUUGCCUCGUCUCUGCACGGGAUCACAGGCACCAGAGGAGGUUAUUUGAACAAUAAGAACGUGCUCUUUGCGGCGGCAAGUUUGAAGAGUGCUGCAACACUGUUGCCAUUGGCAUGCUCGAUGGGCGCCGAGCGGCUGAACUACGUCCACUUUGCGCUUAUGAGCAGAAGUGAUAUCAGUAUAACGGAGCUGGGGAAGGUCAAUGGGGUCGACGAGUCGUGCCAGAUCAUCUUCCAUGAUGCAAGGCCCGAUGCCUCGACUAUUUCCACAGAUGAUCGGCUUGAGAGCAGCAGUGCUCGCGCUUUGUAUCAUAUACAAAUGUAUAUGCACCCACAAGCUGUCAUCGUCGACGGUUCAGACACAGAAGAGCCAUUUUUCAAAAAGGGCAUGCGGAAACAGGCAGAGAUUUCCAAGAUGACAUUGAUCGAAGUGCCUCGCAACGCUGCCAAAGAGCUGACUUGGAUGACGAGGCUGGAAAGUGCCUCACUUGCAGCUUGGAAUCAAGUCAGCAUCGACAUCCUGAUCCACGCCCCUCCGGACGCAUCUGGGAGUCUUAUUAGAUUGCUGCGCUCUUUGAGCUCUGUCGACUUCUCCGCAGGCUCGAUUCCGCAUCUCACCAUUGAGCUUCCCCGGGAGAUCGACCCGCCUACUGAGAAGUUCCUAGAGUCCUUCCAGUGGCCUCCAAAACGAGUUCAGAACCCGAGCAAUGCUCGAUUGCUGUCGCUCCGUCAUCGGAUACCCCGACACGGGGUGAGUGAGGAUGAAAGCUCGGCUCGGUUCCUCGAAUCAUUCUGGCCAGUUGAUCCCCAACAUUCCCAUGUUCUCGUCCUCUCCCCUCAGGUAGAGGUCUCUCCGAACUUCUUGAAUUACCUCAAGUACACAGUGCUUCAUUAUCGGUAUUCGAACACGGCUCUGGUCGAACAAUGGGACCAGCGGCUCUUUGGCAUCAGCCUGGACCUGCCUUCUACGAACAUAGAUGCCUCUACUGCCUUUGCCCCACCGUCGCCUCUUGUUGAUACCAAAGGCUCCAAGCCCAAGGUCGACGAGGUCGUCAACUUUUUAUGGCAGGCGCCUAACAGCAAUGCGAUGCUGUUCUUGGGGCAACGAUGGGUUGAGAUGCACAGCUUUGUGUCCCACUUACUAAACAAGGAGCAAGCCCUUGAGCAACCACCCCCGCUUCUAGCGGCCAAGGUUGUGAGCAAGAAGUACCCAGCUUGGCUCGAGCAUGUCUUGAGGCUAUGCAGAGCGCGAGGCUACUGGACCUUGUAUCCGGGCAAAACUACUGCGAGCAAAAUCGCGACAAUCCAUACCGAACUGUACACGCCGCCCGAAGAAUAUGACAAGGAGCUGGAAGGCGAUCAUGAAGAUGUGAGCGAGGCCGACCUGGUGCCCGGGUCUCUCCUCGAGCAUCUUCCUAACAAAGGGUCGCUGGCACCAUUUAGCGAGCUGCCACUGAUAGGCUGGGCUGGCAACAAAGUGACCUUGGGAGAGCUAGACUCGACCGCCCUGAAAUACACUGCGGAUUUCAAACAGCAGGUCGGAGGCUGUGAUGAUGCUGCAUCCAAACUACAAGCACCACACAAAUUUGCAGACGACUUGUUUUGCAUCAAAGGGAAGAGGGAUAACGCAGCUGCCACGAAAGGUAAGAAAGGGUCGACAGCAGCGGACAGUGACACGUCCAAGAGUGAAAAGGAGUCCCGGAAACAGACUCCUGCGGAACAAGGGUCAGCCUCAGGGCACUGA